AGAAAAACGAGAAGAGUAAAUAUUUUAAUAAUAUUUCAGUAAAAGAAAAAAAUGAUAGUAAAAGAAGUGUUCUAUGAUAAAAUCGAAAUUGAGAAAAGCAAAAAAUAAUGCUAUGUAUAUUGUAAACAAAUAAAAAAAAAUUUAAUGUAACUUUGUGAUGAGUAAAAGUAAAUAUAUUAUUCUGAUUGUUAAAUAAAGGGUACUUACUGUUAAUACUUUAUCACCUUAUUUAUUAUAGCCAUAAUCAGUUAACUUUUUUUAUGUCACAAUUUAUCAUAUUAAAAAUAAGAUUUGAAUUCAUGAAUUCUCAUUUCAAUGGAGAAUAAUAGGAAAUAAUUAAAUAAAUUUUAAAUAUUUGCUUCACAUUGUUUUCAAUGAUUACACAAGCCCUCUAUGAACUUUUAGGAAGACAAUUUCAUUCUAGAUUGGGCCAAGUUAAUUUAGAUUUUGUAAGCAUUGAUUGAUAUUUAGAUGUUGAUAAUUAUAACAGGAUAAAUAUAUAGAGCAGACUUGUAAUCUUGGAAUAUGUAUUCAAACUAUCUAAUUCCUACCAGUGAUAGUAUAAUGCAAAAUGAAGGAUUCAUGGAUUAUUUGAUAACAUACUCCUACUUGAAUAUUAUCGUUCCAUCAAUUAUCUCAAUUUUUGAUUAUAAAUAUUUAUGGAAAAAAAUUAAAUUGUUGAAGUUGAAAAUUAAAAGAUCUAAUAAUAAAACUUAAAGAGAAGCAAAUCUAUUAUUUUAAUCAAGAGAAUUUAAUUUUUAUUAAAAAAGGAUCAAAUUGUCUAAGAUUUUUUCAGCCACAAUAUUUGGAUUUCAAUAUCCCCCGAUUAUUCCCUUAACAAUGCUUUCACUAAUACUAUUAUAUUGGGUAGAUAAAUAUUAAUUUAUAAAUUAUUCAACUCCAGUUGUUAAAGAUAGUUAUGAAAAAGCGAUACAAAGUUUUUAUAUUGCGUUCAAUAUUUAUCUACUGGUAUAUUUUUAUUUAGUGGCUUUUGGUUUCUUUCAUUUUUGGUUUUCAGUUAUUACAUAAGUAAUCCUAUUAAAUUUAUUGUUCAAUUUUGGGUGUAAAACCUGUUGUAAAAAAACUUUUGAGGAAUAGACUUACAUUUCGGGAAUGGAUGAAAUUAUUCGCUCGGAUUUAACAGUUACUGAUAAUGAAAAACACCAAAUUUUUCUAAACUUACACAAAAAGUUAAAAAAUUAUGCAAAAGUACUUUUAUAUUAAUACAAAUUAGAAAAUUAAGAAAAGUAAUGUUGUUGAUGAGGGUAUUCUGUUAGGUUGA